CCCCAUCACUUUUCUGAAUCACUUAACAUGUAAAAGAUUAUAAAUUCGCUUCCAAAUGUUCCUUCGUUACAAACAACAACUUGGCUUUUUCUAAAAUUUAAACACCUCUUCUUUCCCUCUCCCUCUCUCUAGAUUUCGAGAAAGAAAAAAACAAAGUGAAAAUGGGAAAAGCUUCAAGGUGGUUCAAAGCGUUAUUGGGUAUGAAGAAAGACAAAGAAAACAUCGAUAACAGAAAAGAGAAGAAACGAUGGAGCUUCGGAAAACCCAUGAAGGAGUCUCCAUCUCCGGCGACGGUGGCGGUACCGGUGGCGACUAAUGGUAAUCCACCAGUAAACGAUUCAGCUUGGAUGCUAUCUUACAAGGAACAGAACAAACAUGCAAUUGCCGUUGCUGCAGCCACCGCAGCGGCAGCAGACGCCGCUGUUGCCGCCGCGCAGGCUGCCGUCGCUGUCGUGAGACUCACCAGCCACGGCAGAGGAACUCUCUUUAGCGAUGGCAGAGAAAGAUGGGCUGCAGUCAAGAUUCAAACAGUAUUCAGAGCUCAUUUGGCAAGAAAGGCAUUAAGAGCUUUGAAAGGACUGGUGAAACUACAGGCUGUUGUUAGGGGAUUUCUUGUAAGGAAAAGAGCAGCCGCAACACUAUAUAGUAUGCAAGCUCUUCUUAGAGCUCAGGCGGCUGUUAGAUCCCAAAGGGCUCGUCGGUCGUUCAGAGAUCACCGGAGUCAACCAGAAAUCCGGCACCGGAAAUCCACUGAGAGGUUUGAUCAUGAUACACGAAGUGAAUUCCAUAGCAAAAGACUUUCAACCUCGUACGAAUCCACAACAACUUCAUAUGAAGAAAGCCCAAAAAUCGUUGAAAUCGACACGUACAGACCCCAUACAAGAUCCCGACGAAUCCACACAUGCACAACGGAUUCAAGCGAAGAAUCACAUCACUAUCACAACAUGGCAUCUCCGAUUCCGACCAGAAUCCAAGAUUCCGAGUGGGGGUUCAUGGGUGAUGAAUACAAGUGCUCGAAAACCACUCAAAGCACACCCCGUUUUGCUAGGUCAAACGGUCAAACCACGCCUGCAAAAAGCGUAUGUGGGGAUAGUUUCUUUAGGGCUUAUUCAAACCAUCCAAGUUACAUGGCGAACACACAAUCGUUCAAGGCGAAACAAAGAUCACAGAGUGCUCCUAAGCAAAGACCAGAGAAUGGGGUCAAGAAGAGGUUAUCGCUUAUUGAAAUAAUGGCAUCGAGAAGUAGUUUAAGUGGUGUGAGGAUGCAAAGGUUUUGUUCUAAAGCUCAAGAAACUAUAAAGGAAUUAUGAAGGGGUUUUGGUGUUUGGUAGUUUUGUAACUUAUAAGUAGGUUUGAUGAAGAAUUAGGGAUGUGUGUAGUAAUUUAACAAGAAGGGUUUGUUUUUCAUCGUUUGUUUGGAUGAACGAGCCCUUUAAUUAAUCUAAUUUACCAUCUUUAUGCAA